AUGGCCUAGUUCAUGUGAAGGAGCCCUGAGGCUCUCGGCCUGUGUGUAGUGACCUUUAAAAGGAGAGCAGAUGUGAAAUGCUGACAGGAGACAUGGUAUGGCAAGGGUGACCCCUGGACAGUCCUGCAAGGAUACUGAGUCACUCAAUGGAGAGCACUACAGGUAGAUGUGAGUUUAUGGAGGGUCAGGCUCACAGGCUCUGUGCCAAAGGUUCUUCUCUCUCUUGCAGUGUGCACUCAGUCUUUGACCAUGGGCAAGCAGGCUUCACUCCCACGCUUCCCAGCCAGAUUCACACUACCAGAAUGCGUGACUCCCAUAAUCAGGUGAAGGAAUGUCUCGGACCAUGGAUGAGCCCAAAGGGGUCUAUUAUAACUUCAAUUUCCAGAGGGACAAGCCAGAGCUCCUGGAGAAUAUUGAGAGGAGCAAAUGGAGAAAUGCGGCUCAGGUAUGCGAGGCACAAUCUCUUCUCACAAGUGGUGAGGAUCCAGGACCCAGUCCAAUGAAGAUGAAGCUUUUACCUACCAAGCAUUCCCCAUGGUUACAUAAGGCCAAGGAAGGUGGUAUGAAGUUACAGCAGGCAUUUAGCAACAAAGAGGCACCUGCAGGCAACCUUUCCAAGGGACCUUCCUGUCCAUUUAGGAAGAGCAACAUCCCUGUAAGUGCCCCAGACAACUCUUCAUAUCAGGAUAUGUGUAACUCAUGUAAAGAUGGAUCUCCAGGUAAUGAUAUAGAUUAUCCAUCAGCUGAGAUGGAAGUGGCUGGGAAUGAGCUCACCAGCUCCUCAUGGGACCUCGGAUAUGGCUCCAUGAGGUCUCUAUACAAGUUAUGCAGAUCUAUCCUGAAAGCCGCCCUCUCAGCCAUAUCUAUAAGGAAGAACAUUGUGAAAGAAGAGGAAGAAGAAGAUACAGAAGAGGAAGUAGAAGAUGAAAAACACUCAGAAAACAAGUGUAUAAUCUGUGCACUGUUCAAAAACAAAACAUGCUCAUAAACUCGGAGUCCACUACAGACUGAGACAAAUCACCAUUUAUUUUGUGGAAAUGAACAAUUUUAGUUCUUAUUAAAUAAAAGCAGACCCCAUGGAGGUAAAAUAAUGAUCUUGUGCCUGGAAUUUCUGUGCUAUCUGUCUGUAUUGUCCCUGUGCCCUUGUCUUCUGUUCCCUGAAUCCACCUUUCCUUCCCAUUAGAAGCAGCUACAGUAUUACGCAGGCACACGUGCAUUCUCCUGGUUCCCCAACCCCAGUCAAUGUCAAUAUGAAUUUCUAACAUCCAUCUAAUGCUCUGGCUUCAGUUUCCCACAAGAGGACUAUGUAACGUAUCUUCCAAGUCAUUGAUACAGAGACCAAAUAGUAAGUAGGCCCACAGAAUCAAGUUAAUGGGGCUCAUAGAAUUGGCAACUAUGCAAGCAUGCUGUGAUUGUUGAACUUGGGGUGUUUGUGGCACUUGUAAGUGUGGGAGAAUGGCUUUCUCUGACUCUUUUGCCCACUCUUGGGAUUCUUCCUCCUACUGGGUUGCCUCAUCUAGCCUUGAUAUGAGGGGAGGUGCCUAGUCUUAUUGUAUGUUAUGCAGUGUUUCGUUGAUAUACCUAGGAAGCCUGUUCUUUUCUGAAUAGAAAGAGAGGAGUAAUAGAUCUGGGAGAGAGGUGAGGUUUGUGUGUGUGUGGGGGGGAAGCGAUUGGGAGGAGUGCAG